AUGGCGCAUGAAAAGUCCCAAAUCCCGGAUCACGAGAGCGGAACACAAGAAAAUCAAGAAAAAGAGACGCCACCAGCAACGCAAUUAACAACAGCAGUACCAUGUGUGUCUCCACUAGAUAUCCUAGGCGACAAAUUUGCACCCUACAAUACUACCUCAUGGCCCAAGAUCCCCUCCGGGCUCCCUCCUGAUCUCUGGACCCCCAUACAAUGCGCACCCGCCAACUUCGCACCCGAACACUUCCUAUCCGUGUGCCAUAAUCUACUCGAAAACCCCAAUCUCACCGCCUCGCAUCUUUCACGUGCAGAGCUCUCGUACACCAGCUUCACCGACGCAACAUUCAACCCGCAGGCAGAGACGCCCGAGGAACUCGCUAGCAUCAUUAAGCACCUGCGCUCUGAAUGUAGGCCACGCCUGAUUCAAGGUGGACUGCCAGGAUACACGCUUGACUACACAGUCGUGCGGAAAUUGGUGCCUCGGAACCCCAAGUUGGACGAUGCACUUAUGCAGACCUGCCAUUUGUUUGUUUCGGAGGAGGAUGUUACUGUUGCUGCUGCGAAUGAGGAAAGAGAAGAGACUGUCAAGGCAAGAAGAUAUAUGGUCAUCUACAUCCCGCACGUAGACGACACCGACAAUGGUGCUGAAGCAAUUCCGUACUACCACCCCAAAGUCCGCGCUUUGGCAAUCCUGUACACGUAUUUUCCUACUGGGCUUGAUACAGCAUCUGGCCUGGAUUCGCCGGGCUUGCUAUCCGUCUACUACAAUCUUUUCCCCCAGGUGCCACUGGACAAUCGGCUCGAACGCACAGCACUCAAACUCGCAGAGAUAAUACACAAGCAUGCACGCGGGCGACAGGCAGGCUACAAGAAACGUGUACAUCAUGAUCUGAUAAUUGGACAAAAAAGAUUCCAGGAUACGUAUGCAUACCUCAAGGGCAAAUACGCAAAAGAUCUCAUCACCGCAUGGAGCGAGCAAACACCACCCGAAAAACACGUCUUCGAGGAUCUAGGCAUCGCCGCCUUUCUCGAAGAACUCUGGGUAGACAUGUACGGCGGCGAAGCCAACCCCCAAGCACCCGACGACGACGAAUCCAAAUCCCAAAGAAAAAAAACCGCACAAUCAAACUUCCCCGGCUUCGUAGACAUAGGCUGCGGCAACGGCCUCCUCGUCUCCAUUCUAACCACCCAAGGCUGGUCUGGCUGGGGUUUCGACGCGCGCCGCAGAAAAUCCUGGGAUACAUUUCCUACAUCGCACGGUGAGAAACUAAAGGAGAUGCUACUCGUACCAGCCAUCAUCCAACCCUCUCCUUCUCUCUCACCCAUCACCCCCGAAACCCCUUCGUCUGCGACAACGACACCUCACCACAACGGCAUCUUUCCCCCACAAACCUUCAUAAUCAGUAACCACGCCGACGAGCUGACACCCUGGACCCCUCUCCUCGCAUAUCUGAACUCCUCGCCUUUCAUCGCUAUACCAUGUUGCAGUCAUGAUCUAGGCGGCACACGGUUUCGCGCGCCCGUACAUGCUAAACACCUCGUCGCAGACCCAGCGACUGAGAAGGCGAAGAAGAAGAACAAACAGCCGUCUGCGUAUGCAAGUCUGUGCUCGUGGGUAUGUCAUUUGGCGGAGGAAACGGGGUUUAAGGUUGAGAAAGAGUAUUUGAGGAUUCCUAGUACGAGGAAUGUGGCAGUGGUGGGGAGGAGGAGGAGGAGGCAGGUAGCAGAUCAAGAUGGGGAUGCGCAAGGCGGAGAUUUAGGGAUCGAGGAAAGACUAAGGUUCUCAAGGGAAUUGGUUGAAAAGGAAAUGGGUGGCUUGAGUGUUGAGCAGGUAGGAAGUAUGUGGAUGAAGAGUGGAGAUGGGUUGCUGAAGCCAGGAAAAGGCGGACAUUGA